AUGAACUUCUUAAAAUCAAUCAGCAAGUUUCUACCAAGUAAAGAAGAGGUAGAGACAAAGCAGCCGACUCCUGCUCAUAGCAGUAGAGCAAGAAAUUCUAAUAAACAAAGUAUCAAAAAUAAAGAGGAAGAAACCCCAGGAGAAAAUCUUUCACGUCCAAGUGUCAAGAUUGAUCUCUCUGGUCCUGGAGGAAUGGGCAUAGAAUCUGAUCUUGACGAUGGACUUGAGGAAGAGUCUUUUGAAGACGAGUCUUUCGAGGAUGAAUCUUUUGAAGAUUCCUUCGAAGAAGAUGACAACGCUAGCAUAAACCAAUCUGAAGCUGAGAAAGGAACAACUAAAACCGGUAAUAAUUCAAAGAAUGAAAUAUUUUCUUACAACAGACAACUUGCGUACCUCAAAAUAGAUAAAUUUGCAAGGAAAUAAACUCUACCAAAAGGAACAUAAAAAGAGUAGUUCAGCUCUUGAUGACUUAAGCUCUCCAGUAAAAUCGAAAUUACAGAUGAAUCAAGACAAUAUUUCUGUUCAAGACAAAAGCUCUAGUGAUAAGAAAGAUCACUCACCAAAAGAUAGAUAUCUAAUCAAAGCUGACGUAUCUGAAGAACCUACUCCGAAAAUUUAUGAUAGGAUGGCUUAUAGAUCACAGAGGCGUUACCCUCAUGAAUCUUUUCCUUCAAUGUUUUCACAACAAAGAAAGAAAUUUAGGAAACCUAAAGAAGAGAGGGCACUCCAAUCCACUGAAGAAGAUAAAGAAGAGGACUAUGGUGAAGGUUUCAAUAAGCAACUCUGGCAAGACCUUGAACGAGUAAGACACCACUUAGAAUACUUCGGAAUAUGAAGUUUCAUAUUAUCAGUCUUUGAUACAAAUUUUACCGAAAUUUUUAUUUCCUUAAUUAGUUUUGAAUAACUAUGA